UAGCGGUUUCCCUUCUAUUGUUAAUUUUUGCGGUACUAAAAUGCAUUUCGUUGGAAAUCAAUUUUUAAUAUAAAGUAAAUAAAUAUAAAUUAAAUAUUGCUGGAAAAAUGUCUGUGAUAUGGAAUACUAGUGGCUUAUGCCGUUGCUGCCACGCUGAAGGCAAUUUCAAAGGCUUAAAUGAAUAUUCAAACGAAUUAUCGGAGGAUGAUUGUUAUGUUCUGAUAAAAGACACGUUUGAUAUUAUUCUCCAUCCGAUACCAAACUCAAGAAUCCAGGUAUGUGGUGUAUGUGGCCCUCGUCUGAAUGAUGCUGUCCUGUUUAAGAAGCAGGUGCUACAGUGUGAGGACAAACUAAGACAGUAUGUGUAUGGUUGUGAAUUAAAAGAGGCUGAUAUUUUGCAGAAAGAUAUAAAAGAUGAGUUUGUUCAAGAUGAACUGAAAGAGGAAUCAAUUAAUGAUGCAGCUGAAGACGGAUUGGAAAUUAAAUAUAAUGAAACUAGGCUCCCAGAUAUAGAAGUACUAAUUCAACCACUAGAAGAUGAUGACCAGCCCCUAUCAGUGUUGAGGAGUAGCAGAACCAGGUCCGAGGAUAAUGACGAGGAACCUGAUGCUGAUUGGUCAGCUGCGCCGGAUUUGAGUGACGGUGAUGAUGAACAAAAACACAAGAGUUCCAAGUCAAAAAAGUACUCCUGCUCGAUAUGCGACAAGAAAUUUUCAUACAACGGCUCCUUCGAAGUUCACAUGAGGGCGCACAACGGGGAGAAAUCAUUUAACUGCCACAUUUGUGGCACAUCCCAUACAAAUAACAAAGAAUUAACUAAACACAUAGAAAAACAACAUAUAGUCGACAAUAAAUACCCAUGCAACAUGUGCGAGAAAACAUUCGAAAAGCCACGUCUUUUGAAAAAACAUCUAAAAACACAUUUCGAAGAAAAAUUCAAAUGUACGGAGUGCCAAAAGGAAUUUCAAAGGAAGAAAGGUUUAAAAGAACACAUGAAAAUACAUACAGGGGAGAAGAAAUACAGUUGUUCAGUUUGUAAUAAGGCUUUUGGACACAAUCAGACUUUGAAAUCGCAUAUGUUCACUCAUACUGGGGAAAAGCCUUAUAUUUGCGAUGUUUGUGGGCGAAGGUUUCCUCAGCGGACACAUUUGAAAAGACAUAUCUAUAUUAUACACACUGGCGUUAAACCUCACGCUUGUAAUGUGUGUAAUAAACAGUUUUCAAGUAAAAGCUAUCUCGCUAUACAUGAGAGACAGCACACGGGCGAAAAGCCCUACUCUUGCGAUGUAUGCAAAAAAGAUUUCACAGCGUACACAACUUUAAAAGUCCAUAUGAGAGUGCAUACCGGUAUAAAACCAUACACAUGCGGUUUUUGCAGCCGACAAUUCGCUCAAAUGGCGAGUUUUAAGCUUCACCAACGCACGCAUACGGGCGAAAAGCCUUAUUCUUGUAAAAUUUGCAAAAAACCAUUUUCUGAUAACGGUUAUUUGAAAAUUCAUAUGCGAGUUCAUUCGGGGGAGAAGCCGUUUUCUUGUGAGAUAUGUAAACGGUGUUUUAGGGAGACUGGGCAGUUGAAGAGACACAUGCGGAUCCAUACAGGAAUCAAGCCUUAUACUUGUAAAAUUUGUAAUAAACAAAUAGGUAAUUUGUCGAAACAUAUGCGCGUUCAUUCGGAAGAAAGACCUUUUUCUUGUAAUGUAUGUAAUAAGCAAUUUUCAAUUAAUGGUAAUUUGAAACUGCAUAUGCGCGUUCACACCGGUGAGAAACCUUUUGCUUGUGACGUGUGCAACAGUCAGUUUACUCAAAGCAGCGGUUUGAAACGACAUCGAUGUUCGCACGGAAAAGAUUUAGUUUCCUAAUGGUCAGUUUCAGAAGCCUCAAAAGGCUUCGUUUUUAAAUCUGAAUUCGGACGCGAAAGUAAUGUGAUUCUGGCUUUUUGGCGACUUUCCACAUUAAUCUUCCCAAUAGUGAAGGAAUUGUAGAAAUCGGUCAAGUAGUUUCGGAGCCUUUUCAAUUUAAACAAACAAACAAUAUUUAUAAUAUUUGUAUAGAUGGAAGAACGACGAACAAUACAUUUUACUAAAAUAGUUGAAAUUCUAUAGCUAUUGUUAUUGCUUUUAAAAAAAUAAUAAUUAAUUCCGAAGUUGGGCUGAUAAUGAUUGUUUUUAUUAUUACCCAUGUUAAGAUUUGUGAACACCCUAUGUACACUUAAAGACUAAUUUCAAACACCCUAUAUACAACAGGAAAUAAAAUGUACUUAAUAAUAGCAAGUUGAUAUAAUAAAAUAUUUUUAUAAGAU